GGAUGGGUGUCUUUCCCGAACAUUACCACGAGGGAUUGGGCACAACGUUUCUACUGUCGGCUAGAGACCAGUCCUUUCUGCAUGCAUAGCAACAAGAAACAUGGCGCGGAAUCUGCGAAAGGUUGCAGUUAAAAUGCCAGUUGAAGAACGUGAAUUGGAUGGCGUGUUUAACUUUCCAUGUCAGGCAUCGUGGAACGGGUGUGCUGUGAUUCUGACACACGGGGCCGGAGGGAAUAUGAAUUACCUCCAUUUGGAGAAACUAGCUGCUCAUCUCGCAAGCACGGGGAUACUGUGUUUGAGAUUCACCUGCAGGACGAAAAACUUCCAGUACAGGACUCAGUGUUUCACAGCAGUUGUGGAGUUCCUAAGGAAUUUUGAAGAGUUUCCAAUCAAAAUGUGCAUCAUAGCAGGCCGCUCAAUGGGAGCACGCGUGGCAGCAGAGGUGGCCUCAAACAGCAGUUUGACCACAAACUUCAUAUUUGGUGUUGCAUGUUUGUCAUACCCUUUGCAUCCUCCUCGCAAGACUUCUGAGCUGCGAGUAUCUUCACUUCUCCAUCUUGGAUUGCCUGCAUUGUUUAUAAGUGGCAGAAAAGAUCCAUACUGUAGGCCUGAUUUAAUGGAUACAACUCUGAAUAGAAUGGCAAAUGACUGGACAAUGCACUGGGUGGAGGGUGCAGACCACGAACUAAAGCUACAUGGCAAAGUGAAUCAUGAACUUAUAUCAAAUAUGUGCGAGUGGUUUGUGCAGUGGUGUCAGUCGGUGUUCAUGGCAGAGAGAUAAUGAACAUUCUAGUAGUUGAAGUGAAGUCUGUGCAGCUGGCAGAAUUUUUUUGUAUGCUGUUGUCUGCCCUUUGAAAAGUGAUGAAUGGCAAAGUUUGAAUUUUUUAUGGGAGAUGGAUGGCAUUAAUUUGUGUUCAUGGCUAUGCCUCUUGAUGCCUCAAAUAGCACCCAAAAUGGCCAGCUAUGCAGGCUAAUGCAAUUCAGGAAACUAGCUGGACAUGUCUCUUAAUGAUUUAGUCUAUGCCAUGUUACUGAACUGUCAUGGUAUGAAUUGUGAUUAAAAUUGAUUUUUAAAUCUA